AUGUCAAUCUCCCCUUCCCACCACGACGCCUUCCUAUCGGAGCUGUUCCAGCGGCUCGAUGAGCUAUCCCAGCUCCAAGCCGCGUAUGACGCCGAUGAUGAAGCCUCUGUCGAGCCGUCAAAGCCGGAGCUGAAAAGGCGCGUAACUCUCCAGAUCCCCGCCGGCCACGGCCCGUCCAAAGCCUACCCAAAGUCUCCGCCCCCGGAGCUGGACGGCGACGAUGAGUGCAGCAGCUGCGGCAGCAGCGUCUACGACGACGUGCCGCCGCUGGAUAGGGAGAUCGUGGAGGAACUGGCCGCGCAGGACGAGGAGGUAUCCCACCUCCAGGCCGCGCAGGACCUCGCCGAGGCCGGCGGCGAGCCCCCAAAGCUCAACAGGCGGGUGACCGUGCAGAUCCCUGCCGGCCACUGCGCGUCCAGGGCGUAUCCCAGAUCCCCGUUCCCGAGGCCGCAGGAUGCCCUGCCGCGUCUGACGAUCCCAAACCCGGCAUUGUUCGUCAGCACCCAGGUGCAGCACGACGAUGCCCUCAGCAGCAGCAGUAGCAGCAGUAGUAUUAGCAGUAUCUGGAGCAGCAGCACCAGUAGCGACCGCAUCAAUAUGCCGCUGCUCGAUGCACGCAGCCCAAUGCUCAACCGGGAGAUGUUGGAGGAGCUGGCAGUGCGGGACGGGGACGAAGAUCGACGCCGUGCCCGCGCCGCGUUUGUGCGCAGCUUGGGGGCGACUGGGGCGCUCUCGCUCACCACUGUUGGGCUGAUCUGCUGGCCGUUCGUGGCGUCAAAGUCAGGUGCUGUUUGA